UCACGCUGCUAAGGAAAUAACUAAUAACCAAAAUAACUGAGAACAAUCAUAUCGACUUUGAAAGUUAUAUGAAUACUGCAAGUCUAGCGCAGGCUAGGUUAGUAUUAGCUACACUAGUUAGGCUCAUGAUGAUUUUCUAUUUUUAUUCGUAACGUUAGCUACAGCAUUGGUUAUUACUAGCUAGCUAACGCAGAUAAACCACGAUCUCCAUCGUAUUAUUGGUAGCUAACGUAGCUACAGCAAAGGUUACUCGUUUGUUUCUUUUAAAUGAACAGCAGCCUUAGGCUAAAUUGAACUAAUCAGUAACGUUAGCUAUGCUCUAUAUAACGGAUCCCAAGGACACUAAAUUGUUCGGCUAACGUUAGUUUUAGUUCCCAGAGCCACUUGAUAAAUCCAUGGGCAUUCCAGCCUUGUUAAAUAAUAACUAACGUUAGCUAGGCUACUGAACAGGAAAAUUAAUGUUACAGCUGUGACUGGGAAACUUCGCUCAACUUUUUGGAUCUACGCGCCUUCUGUACCCAAGGAGCAGCUCCACAGCCAUGGCUGAGUUUCAGAUUCGAAGGUAUCGGGAUGAGGACCAGGAGGCAGUGAAGGAGACUUUCAUAAUUGCCAUGAGCGAGCACAUUCCCUCCGCCUUCCUGCACAUGCUCAGACAGCCCGUCGUCCAAGCCACCUUGGCCUGCGUGUUCUGCACCCUACUGGCCAGCUCGGGGUCCAUGCUCCUGCCUGUGCUAGCCGUCACGCUCAUUCUGGCCGGAGCUCGGCAGCUGGUGGACUACUCCUUCACCCUCUACAUAGAGGCAUGCCACAAGGGAGGGCUGGACUGCGUCCGCAAGGCCUACAUGGAGGGGGUGGACUCCUGUUUCUGGGUGGCUGAGAGCGAGGGCCUGGUGGUGGGCACUGUAGCCUGCCUGCCCUCCAGGAAGCAUGCGGGCAAAGAGUGCCUGGAGCUGAAGCGCAUGGCCGUCCGCAGGAGCCACAGGGGCCUGGGCAUCGGCAAAUCCCUCUGCCGAUCGGUGGCCGAGUUUGGCAGGGACAAGGGCUACCGCCAAGUCCUUCUCUACACCUCGGUGGUCCAGGCGGACGCUCAGAAGCUAUACGAGGGUGUGGGAUACAGAAGGGUGGGGGAGUCUGUUGUUCCGGAGCUUCUGGCUAAGCUCCUGAACUUCACCCUCAUUGAGUACAGGUACAAGCUGAUCGAGGGCGAUGGAUGAGGAAUCUGUCAUUGUGAAAAUGGCAACGCUGAAACUUAAUGAACGAGAAGCUCUUGAUGGUUAUAAUAUUGGCUGAAUGCAGUUUCACAUAUGUCAGGUUUGGGAUUCCCCCUUGGAUUAACAUUCCCAUUGGGAUUCAGGAAUUACAAUUCACACCUCAGUCUGAAAAUUUCUGGAAGGUACAAAAAUACCCUGUGAAACUGUAAGCACAGUUAACUCUAAAUAAAACCUGAUUUUACAUGU